UUGGGUGAGCUUAAGUUCCAGUGGAAAAAUGUUGAAGUUUGUAUAUCUCAUCGGGUUCUUUGCUGUUCCGUUUGUAACAAGCUCAUCAAACGAAACUCCGAACUACGACAUUCAAUUCAUCAGCCUGGAGACAAUGGAGGGUUCGGAAACCUACUUCGAGUACAACUACACCCUGGACAAGCAGUCGGAGCUAACCUUCAAGAUGUCCGGCAACAUUCGCCAGCUGGUGCAACUCGGUGACGACUACGGGGUAACACUAACGUUAAGCCGAUCGGAUCUGGCGGACGAUCCACCGGUCUACGAAGAAAUGAUGAACAUCAACAAACCGGUGUGUGACUACAUGAAAACAAUCUACCGAAUGUACUUCUAUGAUGGGCUGAAGGACGUCAGCAACUUUCCGCACUACGAAACCUGUCCACUGGUGCCAGCUGAAUACUGGUUUAAAGACUACAUCUUUGAAGGAGAAGACUUUGCGGUAUUUCUGCGCGAAGGUCGCUUCAAACUGGAGUGCUACCUGACUAAGGAGGGCGAAUCUCUAGCUGGAUGCAUUAGUACCUCGACGGUGACAAAAGUUGAUUGAAAAAUUUAAUAAAAAAAGCCAGUCCCGUAUGACUGUC